UGGAGCAAGGGUGGGGGCCCAGGCCAGGUCUGGGUUGACCAGCAGUUAGGAAAGUCAUAGGAUCGGGGCUGGCGCUCGGUAGUCUCUGAGGUCUGGAGAGGCUGCUGACCUUGGAACCACCUGUACCUAUCUUACCAGCAGCAGGUUGAAACGGCUGAUGACAUCACUAGUUCCCGGGAGCUGAGGAGCAGGAGCCAGAGCCCGAGGGAGCCCAGGCUGCCAGCUUAGGGGCUGCAGACAUGGAGGGCCAGAGCAGCAGUGGCAGUGGGAGGCCAGGUGCCCAGGCUGGCCUUGGGUCCUUACCCAUGUCCCGCGGGGCUUCACAAACUGGUGCACCCUCCAAGGUGAACUCAAGUUUGCAGCUCCCAGUGAAGAGCGUGGCCCCAGGACCUUCAGGACCCAGGCUGGCUCUUGCACCUGUGGGACCACAAGCUGCUAUGUCACCUCCCUCAGAGGGGCUGAGGCCGUCUCUGGCAUCUUCCCGACCCAUCCUGGCUCCCCUGUCUGCCCCUGGAGAACAGAAAAGAGCUCCUGCCCUCCGCAACAACAGCCUGGCUCCAACAUCUGUAGGACAGCUGGUGGUAUCUGCCUCGGCUGGACCAAAACCUCCACCAGCCACCUCAGGCUCCAUGUUGGCUCCAAAGUCACUGGGGCAGCUGGUGAUAUCUUCCUCAGCUGUCCCAAGGCCUCUCCCACCUACCUUGGGGCCCAGCCUGGCUUCAACUUCCAGGGACCAGAAGCAGUUGUCACCCACCUCUGUGUGUCCUAAGCCAGCACUGGCAGCUUCAGGCCUGAGCCUGGCCCUAGCCUCUCAGGAGCAGUCCGUCCAAUCCCCCUCCAGCCCUUCCCCAGUGCCCAGUCCAGUUCUGUCACCCUCUCAGGAGAAGAACCUGCCUGCAUCCAUGACACCAGCCUCUGCUUGUGAGAAGACCACAGCCAGACAGAGAGAUGUCCCGAGCCCCAGGCCCCUCCCCACCACAGAGCAACUCCAGCCCCCAGUUCAGGCAGCUGGUCCUGCCACUUCCCCACCCUGGCCCCAAACAUCCCCAGAUCCUCGGUUUUUCCGAGCCCGGCCUGAGGUGCCUCGCCAUAGCCCUGAGGAUCCUGUCUUGCCACCGCCACCGCAGACCCUGCCCUUGGAUGUGAGCCCAGGCCUUCCCGAAUCUGGCACCCGCUCCCCUGGACUUCUGUCUCCUACCUUCCGGCCAGGAGCACCUUCAAACCAGACUGUGCCCCCAGCUCUACCCAAGCCGCCUCGGUCUCCAAGCCGCUCCCCUAGCCGCUCCCCCAACCGGUCUCCCUGUGUCCCCUCGGCCCCCGAAAUGGCCCUUCCCAGACCUGGCAGCCAGGGUGCAGGGUCCGGUACCCAGGGUGCAGGGCCUGGCUUCCAAGGCCCAGGGCCUGGCAGUCAGAAUGUUGGGCCUGGCACCCAGAGUACAGGGUCUGGCAGGUGCCUGAGCCCUAAUGAGCAGUGCCAAGCAGCCUCAGCCCCUGUCACCCCCUCUCCUUCCACAUGUACCUCCUCACCUUCCUCUUGGUCAGCUCAGCCCACAUGCAAGAGCGACCCUGGAUUCCGGAUCACUGUGGUUACGUGGAACGUGGGGACAGCCAUGCCCCCUGACGAUGUCACAUCCCUCCUUCACCUGGGCGGUGGUCAUGACAGUGACGACGCAGACAUGAUCGCUAUAGGGUUGCAGGAAGUGAACUCGAUGAUCAACCAGCGGCUCAAGGACGCUCUCUUCACGGACCAGUGGAGCGAGCUCUUCAUGGACGCCCUGGGACCUUUCAACUUCGUGCUGGUGAGCACUGUGAGGAUGCAAGGCGUCAUCUUACUGCUGUUCGCCAAGUACUACCACCUCCCGUUCCUGCGGGACGUGCAGACUGACUGCACGCGCACUGGCCUGGGUGGCUACUGGGGUAACAAGGGCGGAGUGAGCGUGCGCCUGGCAGCCUUCGGGCACAUGCUGUGCUUUCUCAACUGCCACUUGCCUGCGCAUAUGGACAAAGCCGAGCAGCGCAAGGAUAAUUUCCAAACCAUCCUGAGCCUCCAGCAAUUCCAAGGACCUGGCGCGCACGGCAUCUUGGAUCACGACCUCGUGUUCUGGUUUGGGGACCUGAACUUCCGCAUCGAGAGCUACGACCUGCACUUUGUCAAGUUCGCCAUCGACAGUGACCAGCUGCAUCAGCUCUGGGAGAAAGACCAGCUCAACAUGGCCAAAAACACCUGGCCCAUCUUGAAGGGUUUCCAGGAGGGACCCCUGAACUUUGCUCCCACCUUCAAGUUUGAUGUGGGUACUAACAAAUACGAUACCAGUGCCAAGAAGCGGAAGCCAGCCUGGACCGACCGUAUUCUCUGGAAGGUCAAGGCUCCAGGUGGAGGUCCUAGCCCCUCGGGAAGAGAGAGCCACCGGCUCCAGGUGACCCAGCACAGCUACCGAAGUCACAUGGAAUAUACAGUCAGUGACCACAAGCCCGUGGCUGCCCAGUUCGUCCUACAGUUUGCCUUCAGGGAUGACAUGCCGCUGGUGCGACUAGAGGUGGCGGAUGAAUGGGUACGGCCAGAGCAGGCUGUGGCGAGGUACAGCGUGGAAACCGUGUUUGCCCGCAGCUCCUGGGACUGGAUCGGCCUGUACCGAGUGGGCUUCCGCCACUGCAAGGACUAUGUAGCCUAUGUCUGGGCCAAACAUGAAGAGAUGGUUGGAAAUACGUACCAGGUGACGUUCAGUGAGGAAUCACUGCCCAAGGGCCAUGGAGACUUCAUCCUGGGCUAUUACAGCCAUCACCACAGCAUCCUCAUUGGAGUCACAGAACCCUUUCAGAUCUCGCUGCCUACCUCGGAGUCCUCCAGCAGCAGCACGGACAGCUCAGGUGCCAGCUCAGAGGGGGAGGACGACAGCACCCUGGAGCUGCUGGCACCCAAGUCCCGCAGUCCCAGCCCUGGCAAGUCCAAGAGGCACCGGAGCCGCAGCCCGGGCCUGGCCCGCUUUCCCGGUCUCAUCCUCCGGCCCUCGUCCCGCGAACGGCGGGGUGCCAGCCGUAGCCCCUCGCCCCAGAGCCGCCAGCUGCCACGGGGAGCCCCCGACAGGGCCAACAGUGGUGGUGGCCGGGGUAGAAGUGAGGAGGGACCCUCUGGGCUGCCUGGCUCCUGGGCCUUCCCACCAGCUGUGCCUCGAAGCCUGGGUCUGCUGCCAGCCUUGCGCCUGGAGACGGCAGACCCCGGUGGUGGUGGCUCCUGGGGACCAGACAGGGAAGCCUCUGACCCUGACAGCCUGUCUCCCAGCCCGCAGGGCCAACUGGGGCUAGAGGAAGGGGUCCUGGGGCCCUGAGGUAGUCAGGCAGAUGGGCCUCGGCAGCCCCGCUCGGUCUCCAUCUUCCACAACCUGCCUGCCUCUCUCCUGCUGCGCUCCAGCUGUAUCUGCACCUGCCACUCCGUCCUGGCCAAGGGUGGACAACUGAGAUCCCCCCUCGCAAGCUCAGUACUGACACCACCUCAACUGUGACAAUCAGCAAAGCCCCGCCUGCGCCCCCAUCUGGGAAGGUGGGGGAGCUACGGCAGAUGUCCCGAUCUCGGAGGUCAUCCAUUAGGAAUUAAAUUCUCCAGCUGCG